AUGAGAAUCCGAAAACGAUGGUCUACUCUCAAUCCUGCACCGUCGCCACCAUAUCUCUCUGAGUCCCUACCUUCUUUAUGCCAACCCCAGGGACUGCAACUCCGCCACAAGGUGGCGGCGGCGCACCAUCUUCUUCAGCCCACUCUUCUGGAGGACUCACCAAACGGCGCCGGAGAAAAAGACGGUGCUGCCAAGGACAAUGGGUUGGCGGCAACCAAUCUCAGAAUCGGGUACAACAUCACAAGUUCUGAAACACCGGCUGGUAGCUCCUUCUCCAUCUCUUCGUCCUUAUCUCAUGAAGGACACUGGUGUGAAGAAGAUAAACUUUUUCCAUUGAAGAAGAGAAGAGUGAUUUUAAAAUGCAACACAACGACAAUGCUGACAGAGAAGAAGUACAUCCAUGGUAGAGAAACUAUAAGAAGUAACAAGAAAUGGGUUGAUGGUGUGGUUGUAAAAGAAAGCACUGAACAGAAGAGAUUGGAAAAUAGUGGAGGUAAGAUAAUGGAGGCUAAUUCACUGUGUCAUCGCACCGGCAGUAGAGGGUGGAGGUGUUGUCGACCAACUCUUAUGGGUUACUCGUGGUGUGAAUAUCACUUGGAGCAAAGGAGGAAACGGGUUGAGCAACCACCCACUGCACCACCACCACCCAGUAUCAAGCUCCGACCUCAAGAGUUCCAUACCAGUUUGCAUCUGAAAAACUGGUGUUUUGAAGAUAAGUACAAUGAAGAUCAUAAAAAUGACAAUGACAACGAAGAUGACGAUGAUGAUGAUUAUGAGGUUGACAAGGAUGUUGGUAAAAAGAGAGAGAGGAGUGGAGGUAACACAUUAAUGGAGGUGGAGGGUUGGAGGAGGAGGUGCAGUCGUAGGAAUGGAAAAGGAUGGAGGUGUUGCGAACCAACGUUAGAAGGUUACUCUUCCUGUGAGCAUCAUUUGGUUAGGAGCAGGAAAAUAAAUAUGAAGAGAUCUCAGCAAAGAACUGCAACAACUACAAUUAAACAACAAAAGGUGGAUACUCAUUUGUGCUUGGAAGACACUGAUGAUGAGGAAGAUGAUGAUUGUGAGGAUGGUGGAAAUGGGUCUGUGGUUGGUGAAAGGAGAGAGAAGAUUAGGAUUGUGAAGGCUCGGUCUAUGGGCAGCUUGCUUAGCCUUCCAUCUCCACAUCCUACACACGGCUAA